CCAGUCCCCUGCAGUGCGGCGUCCAGGCCACCUGUCACCAGACCCUGGACGGUCCAGCCCAUGGCAGAGGCCUUCUCCCUGGCGCCCGCGGCCCGCGGCCUGGACAACAUGGGGGCCGAGUUCUUGGAAAGAAUGGAGGAAGGCCGGCUCCCGGGCGGCGACCCAAGGCCCGCACAGCCGCAGGUCGGGGAUGGCUGGAGUGCCGUGCACCCCGGGCCCUCCUCCCGGUGGAGAAGCCUGCAGCCGGUUCAGAGAGCCAGAAGCUUCUGCCAGGAGCAUGCCCAGCUGCUGCGCUGGGUGGUCACAGGCCUGCUCUGCACGGCCUACGCGGCCUUCCUGCUGGUGGCCUGCCUUCUGGACGUGCACAGGGCCCUGGCGCUGCUGGUCCUUACGGGCCUGGCCCUGGUCUUCCAGGCCCACAGCCUGCUGAAGAGGCUUCUGGGGCCGAGGCUGGGCAGGUGCAUGGCGUUCCCAUGUGUGGGCCCCCCCAGAGGUUCCCGUCUGAGCCUCUGGUUUAAGAGGGGUGUGGCGCUGGCUGCCGCCGUGGGCCUGGUCUUGUGGCUGUCUCUGGACACGUCCCAGCGGCCGGAGCAGUUGGUCUCCUUCGUGGGGAUCUGCGUGUUCGUCCUCUUCCUCUUUGCCUGCUCCAAGCACCGCCGUGCUGUGUCCUGGCGCGCCGUGGGCUGGGGCCUUGCACUGCAGUUUUUGCUCGGACUCUUCGUCAUCCGAACAGAACCUGGAUUCGUUGCCUUUCAGUGGCUUGGGGAGCAGAUCCAGGUGUUCCUGAGCUACACCGAGGCCGGCUCCAGCUUCGUGUUUGGGGAGGCGCUGGUGAAGGAGGUCUUUGCCUUUCAGGUCUUGCCCAUCAUCGUCUUCUUCAGCUGCGUCAUGUCGGUGCUCUAUUACCUGGGCCUCAUGCAGUGGGUCAUCCUGAAGAUUGCCUGGCUAAUGCAGUUCACCAUGGGAACCACAGCCACGGAGACCCUGAGUGUGGCGGGAAACAUCUUUGUGAGCCAGACGGAGGCUCCUCUGCUGAUCCAGCCCUACUUGGGGGACAUGACGCGGUCGGAGGUGCACGCCGUCAUGGUGGGGGGCUACGCCACCAUCGCCGGCAGCCUGCUGGGUGCCUACAUCUCCUUCGGGAUCGACGCUGCCUCUCUCAUCGCGGCCUCUGUGAUGGCGGCCCCGGGCGCCCUGGCUCUCUCCAAGCUGGUCUACCCCGAGGUGGAGGAGUCCAAGUUCAGGAGUGGGGAAGGGGUGGAGCUGAGCUCCGGAGCUGCUCAGAACCUGGUGGAGGCAGCCAGCAGCGGGGCCGCCGUCUCCGUCAAGGUCGUGGCCAACAUUGCCGCCAACCUCAUCGCCUUCCUGGCUGUGCUGGCCUUCGUCAACGCCGCCCUCUCCUGGCUGGGCGCCAUGGUGGACGUGCAGGGGCUCAGCUUCCAGCUCCUCUGCUCCUACGUCCUGCGGCCGGUGGCCUUCCUGAUGGGCGCCGCCUGGGAGGACUGCCCCCUGGUGGCCGAGCUGCUGGGCAUCAAACUGUUUCUGAACGAGUUCGUGGCCUACCAGAGGCUGUCGGAGUACAAGCAGCGCCGCCUGGCGGGGGCUGAGGAGUGGGUCGGCGGCACCAAGCAGUGGAUCUCGGUGAGAGCGGAAAUCCUCGCCACCUUCGCCCUCUGCGGGUUUGCCAACUUCAGCUCCAUCGGGAUCAUGCUGGGGGGCCUGACCUCCCUGGCCCCCCAGCGCAGGGGCGACUUCUCCCAGAUCGUGCUGCGGGCGCUGCUCACGGGGGCCUGCGUGUCUCUGGUGAACGCCUGCGUGGCGGGGGUCCUGUACGUGCCCAGGGGGGCAGAGGUGGACUGUGCGUCCCUCCUCAAUAGCACCCUCAGCAGCAGCAGCUUUGAGGUGUAUCAGUGCUGCCGUGAGGCCUUCCAGAGCCUAGAGCUCGGCCCUGCGCUGGGCCCGCAGGCCCUGAGCAACUGCUGCCGCUUCUACAACCACACGGCCUGCGCCUAGCGAGGGGCCCCCUCCGCACGCCUGUCCUCACCCUCCCUGCGCCCCUCCUCCAGGAGACCCCUCUUCACCUGCCCCCCCCACCGGUGGGAAGGGUGUGGGGGGAUGGGGGAGAGGCCCCUCCCUCUCCUGCCCCGCCUCCAGCAGCUCCUGGUCACACCUCCUCUCCCCCCUCUCUCCCCCGCACUCCUGGACCUCUGCCCUAGGGUGCCCCCCCCCAGGCUUCCCAAGCAGGGUCCCGGAACACUGGGAGCAGCGUCCAGCAGUGCAGGGCUCCAAGGCCCGAGGCCGCUCCGUUCAGGAAGUGCGGGGCUAAAUAAAGUGA